AUGGGGACUUUUGAAACUGCUGUGUCCACCUAUUACGAGGAGGAAGAGGAGGACGAGGAUGAAUACUAUGAAUUUGAGCCUCUCCCUGCACUGUUGGAAGAUGAGGAGAACGUCUCCUUGGCAGACAUCCUCUCCUUGCGGGACAGCUGCCUGUCAGAGCAGGAGGUGUGGGCAGUGUGCCUCGAGUGUGUCCUGGCUCUGCAGAGCAUUGCCCACUCGCCCCUCUUCCACACUCUCUGCAUCACCCCCGACACCCUCGCCUUCAACGCUCAUGGCAACGUCAGCUUCAUGGAGCAGCUCAGUGAUGAUCCAGAAGGUUCUUUCAUGCCCCCAGAGUUUGAUAGGACGGGUAACACCUUUGAGGGGCAUGUAUAUUCUUUGGGCUCCACCCUGGCUGCUGCACUGGACUUCGUCAUCGAGCCUGAGCUGGAACCGGAACUGGGCCCGGAAGCUAGACGUCUGCUAGACCAGAUGCAGCAGGAGAGACCGGAAGACCGACCUAGUCUCCAGGCAAGGAGCCUCUCUGCCUCUGCCCUAAUAACUGAUGUAUCCUCCACCAGGGUGUGUCGAAAGCUGUCCGCUAUAGGGAGACGAGUCCUGUCGAUCGAGUCUGUUGGAGCUUUUUAUGAUGAACCUGUAAGUGCCUGGGGAGUUCAGGAGCAGCUGCAAAAGGCCAGGCGGCAGUCCUUUGAACGCAGCCUCCUCAAUGGGUCAUCCAGCUCAGAGGACAUCGUGAGCAUUUGCAAAAAUCACAAAGCGGAUUCCUUGGGAGGAGAUGCAGAAUAUGCACAGAACAUGCUUGAAGGCAGGGACGUCUCACUCUGCGCAGACACAGGCAUGAGCGAGGAGGGGGUACAGACUCACAGAGAGGAGGACUUGUUCCAACUGCAGUCAGACAGCAGGUCACAGGGCAGCUCCCCGGUCCGGAGACCUCCGGGGAGGUCCGGGAGGCCCAGGGGCGUGCUAAACCGUUCCAGCUCUGUCCCGGACUCUAACAAUCCCCCUGCCCUUGUGCCCCUCCAUGUAAACAGGAACACACCUCUGCACAACCUUACAGAGAUAGGAGCCGAGGAUAACAAGGUUGACACAAUGUUGAGGACUCCAGGGCUUCACAACAGCGACCACGACCUGUCUGCUCAGCGUUGCAGCUCCAUCGGGAAUGAUGGAACGGUGGAGUUCCUGCAGUGCUCUCUAGACAGGAACAGAAACUUCGCUCAGGUGUCUGGCCACAGUGAGUGGGGCCCUGAGGAAGAUUCAGGGCAGGAGCCUGAGGUGGGCCCUCACUACGGGGUCCAGAAUCACAAAGCUUCUGCCAAAUCUGUGAGCAACAGCAUGUACAGUCCUGGCAAUCACAUGACCAAAAGCAUGCUGUGUCUGAAGGAGGAGUCUCAAGAUGAAUGGAUCUCUCUGAGGGAGCUGCUCUGUCGGUGCGGUCGGCCGUUAACAGUGAAUGAGCUGUGGGCCCUGUGUCACACCUGCCUCUCCACCUUGCAAACCUACAUUGACUUCCCAGCAUAUUUAUGCCUGGACUCUGUGUAUAUCGGCUGUGAAGGAGAGAUGCUGUUUCUGAAACCCAAGAACACAGGAUCUUGUGAUCCAUUUUAUUUGGCACCGGAGUUUCAGGAUCAUGGAAUUGUAACUGAAAAGGUCUGUAUUUAUGGAGUGGCUGCCAUUCUUUGGGCCACUGCCAAGUUCAAUUUGUCACCUCAUCAGAAAUUAGCAAUGCCGCGAAAACUGAAGAGGCUGCUGCUGGAAAUGGCUAAAAGAACCCCUCUGGAGAGACCCUCAAUUGUGAUGGCAAAAAAGAGUUGUAGAGAGUUCCUGUCACGCCAGGGGACCAGUGCAGAGGUUGUAUGGUCAAAGCUGAUCCACAGAGCUCACAAGUCACACCACAGAGAGUGGAAUGCAGAAACUCAGAAUGCUUUGGAAACUAUGAAAAUGGAAAAUCAUGAAGAGUCUUCCCACAACAAAAUUGGGUUUGUUCCGUGCACGGGUGAAAAUGGACUAUCUCCUGUUCAGGGCCCUGUUCCCCAUCAUUACCCUAUCACCACUGACGCCCAGCUCCCCGAUGCGUUCACCUCCCCCGCCACCCACUUCACGCCGAUCAUCCUGACCCGGGACAGGGCCACAGAGGGUGGGAGUCUAACCCGGAACCCUGUGACUGGAGGGUCUGAACACAAGUUUGAAAGCACUGGUGACAGUCACCCAGACAUCGUAUUGAAUAACACGCUGGCACAGGGGGUAGAGUUGGAGGAAGAUGAUGGCAGCCACUCCGUCACGCGAGAAAGCGACAGUUUACGGGAUUGUUCGUCUACAUCUUCCAGUGGCAAAACACUUGUGAACUCUCUUUCCCCCUCCCCCCCCCUCUCAUCCAGUCAGAACACAGGAACUUUUGGUAGCUUCCUCCUGAGGCAGGAUCCCAGGACGGGCCUCCUGACUCUGUUUCCUGUGCAGAUAUCCAUCCCAGAGCCGAUCCCAGGCCUGGAGGCCGGCUUGCCCCCACUCUCCACCUCACUCCCAGGACAAAACCUCCAGGCCAUGGGGAAGAAUACUUCAGCUGUGAUUCCCCAAGUGCCUGCAAAUCCCAAGGACUGCACAGUUACAGAUGCAGCAGAAGCAGUUCGAAUUCCUCCACCUCAAAAUGCCAACCUGUUUCCCGCUGGCUCCGGCAGGAAGCACAGUGACACCAAAGGAGGAAGUUUGGGAAUGGAGGGAGGAGCUCAGGGAGGUUCAGCUGAACCUUCUCCAGCACAGAAUCCCCAGAUUCACCCCUCCUUACAGGGGGUCAUUAAACUUCUCAGGGAGGAGUUUGCCUUCCAGGGCUACCUUGAGAAUGGAAUAGAGGAUCGUGCAAUGGGGGAGUAUAUAUUUUGUUUAAGGGACCUGCAGCAUGACACGUUUUGCCGAGCUGUGUCUGAAAAAUUCUGUGACCUGUACUGGGAUGAGGAGUUACUGGACGCUCUUUACCGUGUGGUCAACAAAAAGGAGAACUCUCUAUCUCACAGGGACUCCUCCUGCACUAGCUCCUCUAACGCACCGACACCAUCAAAGGGCCAGCAAAGGCCAGCUGCAUCGCCCCCCACCAGAGAGGGCACAGAGGAAGGAGACGCAUGGUCUCAGAGCAGAGACAGGCGUGAGACCAGUCCCUACCGUCCGAAAGCGGGAGACAGGGGUGUGGCUGGUCCUCUGGACUUGGGGAGGAGUACAGGUGAGGACAGUCCUCCAGACCCAUCUGCGGAUGUGUGUGAGAGCUCUGACAGAGCUGGGAUUCCCUGUACUCUGGAGACGCAAGACACAGAAAGAGCAGAGGACCUUCCACAGCAUGUCCUUCCAGAUCUAGACACCGCCUCUGUCCCUGGUCCUAAGGACACAGAGGAACGUGAAGGCUCAGCGAGGGGGGAGAUGGACUCUGUUGAAUGUCCUGUGGGGGGCGCCGUGGAGAGCCCCUCUGAUGUUGAGUCUCCAUGGCACGCGCGGGCUGCGGAGGGGUCCCUGGGGAGGGGCCAGCUCAGCCUGGAUUACUCAGAGGAUAUGGAGGACACAGACUCGCUCACAUCAAUGGGAGGACUGCAAGAGGAAGGGCGCGCGCUGGGGGCAGAGGGGCAGAGCUGUGCCCUGGGCUGGGCCCUGUCUUUCUAUGGAGAGGACUACUUCAAGGAGGAGGUACUGAAGUAUGCUGGCAAACUGGCCCGACGUAGCGAGUCGCCGUGCCUGGAGGCCAAAAUGCAGGAGCUGCAUCAGCAGCUUAUGAUGGAGACAAGGAAUCUGAAAAAGACAAGAAAUUUCUACCAUAAGCUGCUGCACCAAGAGAGGAAAAAUAAAGGUUCAGAAGCCAAAAUCAUGCUGUCAAAACUAAAGAUACAGAUGGAGGAAAUGAGGUCGAAGGUGGAAUUCUUAGAGUCUGUCAGGAAAUAUCUGGAGGUUUUGUGCGUAGACCAGUGGGGUCUAGAAGUUCCCCUCUUGGCCUCUCUAGCGGUCUCAAGGCCCGCCCCUCUUGAGCUUCACAUCUCUGAGGACCCUUCAGUUCUUACCUUCCAGCCUGGGACAGGAAGAGGGUGUGGCAGCCCCUCUGGGACCAGCGUUCUGCUAGCAGGAACACCUUUGGGACUCAUGGCCUACCUGUAUGCCAGGAAUGCUCCUCUCGAGGGCUACAUCCAGCAGUUCUUGUAUACCUAUCGCUACUUCUGCACCCCGCAAGAGUUCCUACAGUUUCUGAUGGAGAAGUUCAUCAGUGCAGCUGGCCGUGAGCCCUCUGCUGAGCAAGUGAAGGUGCACCACAGGACUUUGGACCUGCUGCAGGCCUGGCUGGAGGACAGUCAACAGGUGGACUUCCUCCCCAAGUCCAGCCUACAGCUGACUUUGGAGGAGUUCCUCACAACACAGGUGGUCCCUGUGGACAGCAGGGGAGAGGCCUUGCUGAGUCAACUCAAGAGCCCCCCCAGGAAGAGGCGGAGCCACUUUGUUGUGGGUUGCCAUGGAAGCCCAGCCAGCACUCGGGAAGAGGAUGAUGUCCAGUCGGUCCACUCCAUUUGCAGGAAGUCAUCAAUAGAGGAUUCUGGAAGAAAGAGCUUCCAGUGGAGGAUCUCCAGGGUGGUGGAGCCGCAGACUGCCCAGCCCAAAGAGAAGACGUACUCCAUUGCUGCAGCAUUGCCGCGGCCCUGCUACAGCUCCCUGAUGGAUGAGCUGUCCAGCUCCUGCCUGAAGAGUGAGGAGCGCCACCCUUUCUACCAGAGCGAGCACAGCGCCCAGCACACAGCCCAUCAGCUCACCCUGCUCCAACAGGAAAUAUUUCAAGGCUGCCACCCUGUGCAUUUCCUGAACUCCCGGGCACAGGGCGUCAGGGACAAGACAGUGAGCGUUUCAAAAACGCUGUCACCCGACAGCCCGCCAGCAGAGGGCAGCAGCCUCUUUGCCUCAGAGCUGAUGGUGCAGGAACGAUACCUCACCCAGCUGCUGAAGUAUGCCGACAGCAUUACCAACUGGGUCUCUGCAGAAAUUGUCAUCUGUGACACCUUGAAGGCACAGGCUGGCUUACUUUCAAAAUUUCUGUUGAUGGCCAAGUACUGUUACGAGUCAAGAAAUUUUGCCACAGCCAUACAGAUCCUUGGAGGGCUGGAAAAUGUGAUUGUCAAGCAGCUACCAGCAUGGAGACAUCUCUCUGCUAAAGUGUGCGAGAUCCUAGAGGAGCUGAGAGCAGUGCAGGUGUUUCUGAAGAGUGAUAACCUGUGUCUGAUGGAGGGGGAGCGGUUUAAGAGGCUGCCUACCCUCCCUGCUGCCCACAUACUGGCCAUGCACAUUCAGCAGCUGGAGAUCGGAGCAUUCACACUGGCCAACGGGGCCUACAAGUGGCCCAAACUGAGGAACAUAGCGAAGGUGGUGAGCCAGGUGCGUGCCUUCCAGGAGAAGGUGUUCACGUACGCACCCGACCUGGAGCUGCAGGCGUACCUGCGCCAUCGGAUCGCCCUCCUGAGCGACUGCGACAUCCCCCUCCUGGCCGCAGAGAACGACGCCAACUUCCAGAUCUCCUCCGAGCGCCACUCCAGGAAGAUCCAGGACACGCUGCGCCGAGUGAAGGCCACCUUCCAGUGACUCCUCCCGUAAGAGGCCGCGAGGCCCAGAGUGUUUCCACGAUAGCGGAUGCCCUCACACGCUGAGGGAACGUCAGGGAAUGCGCAGUUGCUUUCUUCGCUUCUACCUAACAGCUGGUCUUAACUUUUCUCUCCGUUGUCUGCGGCACUGAAACAUAGGGAAUGGCCUUUGCGCGAACACAGUGACAGCACCAUGUGGAAAGACUCCAUGGCUAAAAGGACUGCCCACUAACCACAGUCACACAGACACUCAGUGAUCCCUUGACCCAUGAACUCCACGCAUAUCAAUAAUAAUGCAGACAGAGAACCGGAGGCAGUCGUAGCCCUGCACAGCCCCCUUUUCCAGUCUGAUGCCGUAAGGCAGAAGUUGGACUAUUGCUGAUGAGAACUGAGAAAAGAAAACCAAAGCUUCUAAAUCCUUUCAAUACUCCUCCAACUGUCAGAGAUGAAACAGAGACAAAAUGCAGUGAGAUUUCUGAUGUCUGAGGUUUUUUUUUUCUGUUUCCACCCAUAUUUUCAAAUUCCUCUUUGUCAGCCAUUCAUCUCUGACAGGGUACCAUUGUGGUAUUAGAAUUUGUGUGGAUGUGGUGGUUUGAAUACCAUCUGAAGCUCACUGUUUCAAAUUUCAAGAAGUAACCAGCUCAGAACUCAAAACAUCCAAAUAUGUUAAUAUUUCAUAUGGCAGCAACUCUACAUGUAGCACCUCCGAAGGCUGGAGUGCUCAUCAUAGUUUCAGGUUCUCUCCAUACCUGUUUUGCUUGUACUUAGUGCUAGAUGGCCAUUUGUACCACGUGGCACUUAUAGUGUGCAUGUGCCACAGAAUGACAGCUGUUUGUCAGCACCAUGCAGUGCCAUACUGAUUUAAUGAA